AUCUUUCAACACAUGAAAAACUAAUUAAACAAACAAAGUCACUCCCUUUAUUCAUCAUCACCGAUUCUUUCUCCCUCCAUCUCAAUUUCCCCCAAUUUCAACCAAUUUCCAACCAAAGAUCCAAACUUUUUCCAUUUUCCCAUCUGGGUAUCCAUCCCUCUAUGGGAUCUGGGCUCUCAUCUUUCCUCCUAAUCUGCAACAGCACCACCACUGCUCCGCCGGUUUCGCCGGAGCCAGGCCUCGGUGAUCUGCCGGAGAGUGUGGUGGGUUAUAUUCUCCUGCACUUAACCCCACAGGAGAUUUGUACACUCGCAUCUCUUAAUCAUGCUUUUCAUCAUGCGUCAUUGGCUGAUUUUGUGUGGGAAUCUAAACUGCCUAAUAACUAUGAGAUGUUUGUUUCAAGGGUGUUUGAUGAUGACAAGUUUUGUUACAAUCUUUGUAAAAAGGAUGUUUAUGCAAAGUUGUCUACACCCACUUUUAUUGAUGGGGGCACCAAGAACGUGUGGUUGGAUAAAGGCACAGGAAAAGCUUGUGUGCUAAUAUCGUCCAAUGGGUUAGCAAUAACCGGUAUCGAUGAUCGUAGAUACUGGAGCUGGAUCUCUACCGAGGAAUCUAGAUUCUGUUCGGUGGCUUAUCUUCAGCAAAUUUGGUGGUUUGAAGUCGACGGUGAGGUGGAGUUUCCUUUUCCGUGUGGGACCUACACCCUCUACUUCCGCCUGCAGCUCGGGCGGUCGGGCAGGCGGUUUGGGCGGCGAGUCUGCAACUCAGACCAUGUCCAUGGCUGGGAUAUAAAGCCUGUGAAGUUCCAGCUCUCGACUUCAGAUGGUCAAAAGGCGAUAAGUCAAUGCUAUUUGUCGACGGAUCCUGGAAAAUGGAAUCUUUAUCGGGCUGGUGAUUUUGUUGUUGAGGAUUCAAAGGUACCGAUGAAAAUCAAGUUUUCGAUGACACAAAUCGAUUGUACACACACUAAAGGUGGUCUGUGUGUGGAUAGUGUGGUCAUACUCCCUAAGUGAAGAUUGAAAUUUUUGUUUAGAUGAGGUUAAAAGCAACUUUUUUGAUUUGCAUGUAACCUUUUUAUUAGUAGGUUAUAGGCUUAUAGCAUGUAUGUAUGAUAUGUAGUAAGGUGAGAUUAAGAGAAAUAAUUAGUAAUGUGAACAUUUCUGUUUUUUUUUUUU